AUGAACAAUAGUGGGAUCAUUCAAAUUGAAUUUUAGAAUGGAAUUUAUUAAGGAUAAACUGUAUAAAAUAAAUGCAAAUAAGGAAUGGGUGUUUAUAUAUGGGAAGAUGGAUGUGCAUAUUAUGGUGAAUGGAAAUCGGAUGAAAUAGAUGGUUAAGGAAUAUUCUUCAUACCUCCAAAGACUCAGAUAAUGGGUCAUUUUAAAAAAACUUAAAUAAAUGGCAAUUGUAUUCUUUCAACAUGUUAAGGAACCUAUUAUGGUUAAUGGAAUAAAGGAUAACCAGUUGAAUUUAUAACAGCAAAAUUAUAAAAUUUAGAAAUGAAUAUAUAUUUUUAAAAUGGUAAACCAAUUACACAUGAAAGGAAAUAUACAUCAAAGUUCGAGAUACCAAUAUUGAAAAACAAAAUUAAUGAUGUCAAAGCAAUUUAAUAACUAGAACUUAAAAAUGGUAGUUUUUAUGGUAUAACUUCUAAAAACCAACUCAAUUAAAUGAUACCUAAUGGGUUAGGUAUAUUCAAAUCUUCUGAUGGAGUGUUCUGUAGUGGAUAAUUCAAAGAUGGAUUUUUAAAUGGAGUUGGUAGAUUGUAUAAUCAAACUGGGGAUGUAUAUACAGGUUAAUUCGAGCAUGGCGAAUAUCAUGGUAGAGGAAUAUACUUAUCAAAAAAAGAUGGUUUGUAGUGGACUAAAGGGAUUUGGAGAUUAGGAGACUUAAUCGAAGUUCAUUAAAAUGGUAUUCUGAAGAACUUUUCAUCAUCAAAAGAAAUAAUGUUCCCUUAUAGCGAUCAUAAGAAUCAUAUUUAAGUACAGCAACCUAUAAAUAUCAACGAGAUCAAGUAUUUUGAAGAAUAAAUACUAUCUUAUAUUUAGAAAUCCGUCUAUUCUUCUACCAAUACUUCUCCAGAUGUAGGUAAAAAUCAAACAAAAAUAACAAGAAACUAUUUUUCUAAUUCUCCUAAGACAUCUUAUGAAAAAAUAUCUGAAAUUCUCUUUGGAACAAAACUUGAGGGAGAAAAGCAGCAUGCAUUAAAGCUCAAAUAAAUUCAAUAAUAAAAGAAUAAUCAAUUAAUAUAGUAUUAUAAAGAUUAAUGUUAAUAAAUAGAAGAUACUUCUAAAAUAUAACAUUUUACAACUUAGUCUAAUGAGCCUAAAAUUUCUCAUAUUAAAAUGAAAACUCAUUUUAUUGAAACUUCAAAUAUGAGAGAAGAGAUAAAAAGAUAAUUAAACAGUAAUUUUAACUACCCAAAUAAAAAUUAAGAAAUAAAAUACUUAUAAAUCUUAUAAUAAGAGUAAAAUGCUGAAUCAUAGAUCAAAGUAUCAACAAAUUUAAAGAGUGAAAGAAAUAAUAGACUUAAAACAUAACUAUAAUUAAAAUCAUAAUUAUAAGAUAAUAACAAUAAAAUUAAAUAAAAUGUAAACAUUAAGGAACCUUUGCUAGUUUUUAAGAAACAGAAAACUCAAGAUUCUCCAAGAAUACCUCAAAAUUAAUUAGUUUCUAAGACAGAGAGAAAUAACAGCAAUUAAUAAUAAUCUGCUGAAGCAAAAAUCGGAUUAAAAAAGCAAAAAUGCCAAAAUUUAUCAAAAAACCAAUAUUUAGAUAAUUUAAUUUCUAUUAAAGAUGAUAAUUUGGAAAACGACAAGUUUACUUUUAGAGAAAAAUAAAUUAAAGAAUAGGGUUCCAUUUAACGCUAAAAGUCCUAAAAGAAUAAAUAAAAUUACCCAUAAAAUCAAUCUUCUAAAACUCGUAAAGACCCUAAGAUAGUCUAAAAUUAAAUAACAAUUCCAUAAGUCUAAUAAAAAUAAAGUAUAGAGACGGAGAGUUCUUCAAGAAGAAAAUAAGAUAUAGAUUAAACAAAAAAGUUAAGCUUUAGCCAAUAAGAUUUUGCAAAUAAUUUUGAUCCGAUUAAGAGUACCGAAAUUAAAUAAAGCCAAUAAAGUAAUAUUGAAAAAGAUUUAAAACCUAUUGUUUACGAAAAACAUGAAGAUUAAAAUUAAAUAACUUUAAUAUAAAAACAAUAGCUAUAUUUGGAAUAGAUAAUUGAUCAAUAAAAAUAAUAAUUGGAGAAUCUUAAGAAAGAAUAAUAAUUACUAGAUAAUGAAUAUUAAAACUUUGAUAUUAAAUCAAAAUUUAUUACUAUAACUAAUGGAUCAAUAGAUUCAUUUGAUAGUAAUCCUCAAUAUUCUGAAAGUUUUAAUCAAGACUUCAUUAAAUCAGUUAAGGACAUAAUGAGAUUCGAACUAAAGAGGAAAUAAGGGGAUUCUAUUAAGGACUCUCCUCAUUUUGAAUAGUCUAAAAUAACAAAUAAUUAACAAUCCUUAUUUUCAAAUGAUAUUUAGAGUUUUGAAAAUGUGAAUUAUCAUGAUAAAACUCCUAACACUAUUAAAAUUUAGAAUGAAGAUAAUAUAUAAUAAAAAGUCGAAUUGCCUUAAAGUAAAAAGGAAAUUGUUUCCUAAAGAGAUUUGGAUGACCUAUUAUUUGAUAAUUCUCAAAUUAAAUAAUCUAGAUUAGCUAGGAGAACUAAAAGUUCUAAAUACUCUACAGUAAAGAACCAAUAAGAAAUUUAAAAAAUUUAAAAUAACUAAUCUUUAUAAAAUCAUUCCUUUCACUAAUCUUAGGAGUAACUUUCUAAAAAUUUUGAAAAUGAUUACAUGGAUUUCAAUAAAUAAGGGAUGCACUAAAAUCUUAAUUAGGAUCAGAUAAAGAAAUAAAAUUAAGAGAUUUUAAUCUAAGAAAAUUCAAUCAAUUAAAGUUAAAGUAUUCACAAAAAAUCGAUAUCUUUAAUCCAAUUAUAAGAUAUAUAAAACGUGGAAUUUUAAAAUCAAGUUAUAAAAUAAUAACAACAUGACUAUAAUAAAAAAAAGAAUAUAACAAAGGAAUCCGAAAAAUAAUAAUCAAUAAAUAGUUUAAAAUAAAUAGCCUCUCUUUCAUAGCAUUCGUCGUGUAUUCAAAAUAAUUAGUAGAAUAAGUAGAUUUAGUUUUAGAUGCCUUAAAAGAGUCAAAAUGUUUAGGUUUCUAAUUCACAAGAAGGGAAAAAUACUUAAUAAGAUAUAGAUGAUAUUAAAAUAUAAUUAGAAGCCUAACAAUAAAUUCUUGCUUCCUUAUAAAAUUAAAUAUUGCAGUCAUAGCCUAUUAAAUUUACGGAAAGUAAGGUUCAAAAUGCAAUAAGUCAUGCAAAAUCUAAAAGUGAAUUACCUAACUUCCUUCCUGAUCCUCGAAAUAGCCCUAUAAAAAAGGUAAUUAUAACCAAGGGAUAGUUCCCUGCCUUUUCAAUCAUCAAACCAAUAACUCCAAUAAGAUUUUGA